AUGGAAACUCCUGAUUAUACGAACCAUAGUCAUGAAAGUGCGUCGGAAAAGGCGGAGGAUAGCCAUAUACGAGUUCGUAAGGGACAAAGUUACGAAGAGUAUCUUUUACAGAAGAAACAAUUUUUGCAGGAAGGCCCCAUCGUGAGCGAGCUUGAAACCUUUAUGGAAAACCCGAUAGUAAUAGCUAACCUUUGCUCUGUGGACAGCAUAGCCAGAGCUCAAACAAUUCAUGGUCUAGAGCGACGUUACUAUUUGGGGUAUUUCGACGAUUGCCUGAGCAAUUGUAAUGAACUUAUAAGCAGGCUAGAACUAAAGUCCACCGACAAACAAGAACGCAAGCAACACGAGAAAUUACUCAAACAACUGACAGAUAUUCAACAGAAAUGUCUCAAUAAGCUGAGCCGCACACUAACGAUUGAUGAAGAGAGCAAAAUAUAAAAAAUGAAUGCUGAUGUAUUAAUACCAUAUAGGCUAUAAUUUGAAGAAGUGUCUUUACCUUUUCUGAAGGUGUAUAUGCAAUUCUAUGCAAGAAACUUUCCUUCGCUGGUAAAUGUCGUCAUCAUUCGCACUCUGUAGCUCAUCAAGGACUUCUACUGUUUUGGUGAACACUUCUACUUUGUGAUUCAGCUCUUGAUCAAAAUGGAGAGCAAGAUUAGUAACCUUGACAAUUGUUUUUCCCAUUCCGCGCACAAUAAUAUAUGGUAUUGACUUGUUCUCAUUCGGUAUCGGCUUCCCUUUCUUAGUAUAUUUAUGAUCAAAAUACUCUAUGUUUUUCUGUAUUCGUUUAACCGCUGACAUGAAUGGAGUGGAAGACUUUAUGUGCACUACUGUCCGUGAAUCAUUAUAUGAGUACUUGAGUGCAGGAGCAUGCUUGACUAAUCUAUAAUUU